AUGGAGAAAGAAACUAAACAGUCGUCGUUCAGCGUCGACAUCGAAAAUGUCGCCACUCCUAACAGAGAUUAUAUUGCCUCGGGCGCUGCCGAUUUCCAUGACCAGUAUGAUGUUGCCAAAUAUGGUACGACAAAGAGAAAGUUGUCUUCUCGUCAUGUCUCAUUAAUGAUUAUCGGUCAGUCCAUCGGUACUGGUUUGUUUAUCGGUUUGAAAACUCCACUUAGGACUUCAGGUUCUCUUUCAUUGUUCCUUGCCUUCGUGGCCUGGGCUUGUACUAUGGUUUGGCCAUUGAUGCAAGCUGUGGGAGAAAUGUGCUCCUACUUGCCUCUCAAAGGUUCCUUUUUGCAUUUCGCUGCUAGAUGGUUGGAUCCAGCUAUGGGUUUUGCAGUCACUAUCAUCUACUUGUACACCUCGCUUAUGUUUAUUUGUGUGGAAAUUGUUGCUUUUGCUUCCGUCAUCAGCUACUGGACUGAUGCGCUGCCUGCCAUCUUCAUCACCAUCGGUUUGGUGUCCAUUUUGUUCUUCAACGUUUUCGGUGUCAACUGGUACGGCGAAAUCGAAUUUUAUUCUUCUAUUCUUAAGGUGCUCUUGAUUGUGGGAUUGAUGUUCUUUGGUUUGAUUGCCAUGUGCGGUGGUAACCCUUCUGGUGAGGUUUUGGGCUUCAAGAACUGGAAAGAGGGUGGACUUAUGAAGUCUUACCUUGUCCCUGGUGCCACCGGAAGAUUCUUGGGUCUUUGGAACGUCUUGGUUUACGCUGCCUUCGCAUGUGGUGGUGCUGACUUGUUGGGUAUGGUUUCCGGUGAAAUCUCUUUGCCCCGUAAAAACAUCGCCAUUGCUGCUAAGAGAACUUACAUCAGAAUCUACUUGUUCUACAUUGGUGGUAUUUUCUUCAUGAAUGCCCUUUGUGCCUCCAACAACCCUCUCUUGGACGCUGCCAUCUCUAGUGGAAGAUCUGGUGCUGCCUCUUCUCCAUGGGUUAUUGGUAUCAAGACCGUGGGUGUUCACGGCUUGGACUCCUUGGUCAACGCUGUUGUGAUGACCUCUGCCUGGUCUUGUGGUAACGGUUUUACCUACGGUGCCGCCAGAAGUGCUUACUCUGCUGCUUUGGCCGGCUACUUGCCCAGAAUCUUCGCCAAAUGUUUGAAGAACGGAUGUCCUAUCGUGGCUGUGUCUUUCUCCAUGCUCAUUGGAUGCUUAUCCUACAUGAGUGUUGGAAAGUCUUCCAACGAGGUUUUCAACUGGUUCAUUAACUUGGCCACCACUGGUAUCUUGUCCACUUACUUUGUCAUGUGGUUGUGUUACUUCAAGUUCAAAAAGGCAGUUAAGGCCCAGGACUUGGACCAGCAAGAGGAUACUUUCUACAAGGUUCCAAAGUGGUGCACUCCAUGGUUGAUGUACUGGGGUGCUCUCUUCAACUUCUUGGUUCUUUUCUUCAACGGUUUCUGGAUUUUCUUCCCCGGCCAGUUUUCUGUGGCUAACUUGUUCACCUCUUACUUUGCCCCUAUUUUCGCCAUUAUUCUCUAUCUUGGCUGGAAGUUCUGGCACAAGACCCACUGGAGAAGUGACUUAGAGGCCGAUCUCACCACUGGUAAGGCCGAGAUCGAUGAGGAGGAGAUGCUUGAGAAGGAGUAUCUUGCCACCGUUCCAAGAAAGGAAGGCUUGUUGUGGAAGAUCUGGUAUAAGAUUGGUGAUGUCUGCUUCAAUUAG